UCACGUCUUUACGUUUCAAUGGACGCCUUUGACUUGUUUAGAAAGCUUGGGUCUGGAGCAAAGUUUGACCUGAAAAGGUUCGGUAAAGAUGCAGAGCGAUUUAAGGUAGUGAGGUCUCAGAGCAAGGACAGCUCAAACCAGCUGGCUGGAAUUCGAUUUUUUGGCAAAGAGACACAAGGGAACACGUCUCUGGAGUCCAGACUAAGUGAAGACGAAGGUGUAGAAGAGAAAAAAGAAAGUGAUGAAGAACAGGACUCCGUGAAACGGAAACGGACUGAACCAGUGAAGACAGCGGGAAAGAAAAAGAAACGAGAUAAGAAAGCAAGCGAAGAUGCAGAGCCCGAGAAGAGCGAGGGAGAGGGGAUUCAAUUCAUGUCAUCCCAAGAAAAGAUUAACAACUCCACGAAGAAAUCCAAUGACAAGCCCUCCUUAAAAAGACUAAAGCAGCUUCAUAAUGAGAAGGUGAAUCGGAUAAGGCGCCAAAACCGCAUUAACGUGCACGGGACUGACAUUCCAGAUCCUAUUUCCACUUUUGAAGAGAUGCAGAAGGAGUACGAUGUGGACCCGCGAAUCAUAGAAAACAUCAAGGCAGCGGGUUUCCAAACCCCCACACCUAUACAGAUACAGGCCAUUCCUCUCAUGAUGCAUAAAAGGGAGAUCCUGGCAUCUGCUCCUACAGGCUCUGGUAAGACUAUGGCCUUCUGUCUGCCCCUGCUGGCCCACCUUCGCCAGCCACUCAACAAGGGUUUCAGAGCCCUCAUCGUGUCCCCGACCAGAGAGCUCGCCACUCAGACUCACAGAGAGUUGCUCAAGCUUUCAGAAGGAGUGGGCUUCAGAGUUCAUAUGAUCAAUAAAGGAGUUACAGCUGUGAAAAAAUAUGGUCCCAAGACGGCAAAGAAAUUUGAUAUAUUGGUGACGACUCCUAACAGAUUGAUAUAUUUACUAAAUCAAGACCCUCCUGCUAUCAACUUAAAUAGUGUGGAGUGGCUGGUGGUGGAUGAAUCUGAUAAACUCUUUGAGGAUGGAAAGACUGGUUUCAGAGAACAGCUUGCCACUAUCUUCUUGGCCUGCACUUCUCCUAAAAUCCGGCGGGUUCUCUUCAGUGCAACAUUCGCCAAAGAUGUAGAGCAGUGGUGCAGACUGAACUUAGACAACCUUGUCUGUGUCAACAUUGGACCGAGGAAUUCUGCAGCUGAGACUGUGGAGCAGCAGCUUCUGUUUGUAGGUUCAGAAAAUGGAAAGCUACUCGCUGUGAGAAACCUUAUAAAGCAGGGAUUUUUGCCACCAGUGCUGGUGUUUGUUCAGUCUAUUGACCGUGCCCGAGAGCUGUUCCAUGAGCUGGUGUACGAGGGAAUAAACGUGGAUGUGAUCCAUGCAGAUCGCACACAACAGCAGAGGGACAAUGUUGUGAGCAGUUUCCGUUCGGGGAAGAUCUGGGUGCUGAUCUGCACUGCUCUCAUGGCCCGUGGUAUUGACUUCAAAGGCAUCAACCUGGUUAUCAACUACGACUUCCCUACCACUUCUGUGGAAUACAUCCACCGCAUCGGUCGAACUGGAAGAGCGGGGCACAAAGGAAAGGCAAUAACUUUCUUUACAGAGGAUGACAAACCUCUCCUUCGCAGCAUUGCGACCGUCAUAAAGAAGGCUGGAUGUCCUGUCCCUGACUACAUGAUCGGGUUAAAUAAAAUCAGAGGCAAAUUGAAACGGCAGCUUGCAACAAAACCUCCCAGACGGUCAACCAUUCGCACGACUCCACGCAUUCUCUUUGAGAAACAUCCCGGCAAGAGAAAAAGGAGAAAAAGAAAAGAUGCAGCAAAGGAAGCAAAAGCGAAGGGCGGCGCAUCAGAAGUCAUUUCUAACAGCUGAUGUGGCACAUUGAGAGCUUUUCUAUCUACAUUAUUGUCUCGAAAUAAAGUGAAUGUUGACCAGACUGUGUGAAGAUCUUAUUACAAUUAACAGUUGGAGCAGUUUUUGAUGGUGCUGUUCAAUUUUACGUUCCAUGAAGCAUUACCACCAUAAACUGAAAGACAGAUUUGAUUUUAUCAAAUGAAACUGACUUUUAAACACUGCUGCAGGGCAGGCUCGUAAUGUCAGUAUCUGGUUUAUGUGGUUCACACCUCAGCAUUGUAUUGUGUGUGUGUGGUAUGUUGAGUUUCAACAUUAAGUAGUUUGUGUUUUUACCUCGGUGCCAUGUGAAAUGAUCGCAAAACAUUUAUCAGAACAUACUGGAUGUUGGGCAAAUGAGUUUUCAUUAUGCUCCUGUGUUAAAAACGUACUACAUAUCUUUAUGGAAAAUGAUCUUUAUGUAACAUUCUAAUGAUUUUCGUCAUUAAAAAAUGCUGCUAUUGCUA